AUAACUUCCGAUAUGUUCUCUCUAUAGUUGAAGAAGACCGUCCUUAUCAGUUUAGAAAACAGAUGGACAAUACCCAUGACGCAAGAAUAAUUGACGUGUGGACGCGUGCAAGAAACGCUGUUGGACGCAUCAGAGGGCCACAAUACACCGGAACAGGGAUAAGAGUUGGUACCAAGUACAUUCUCACUGCCUAUCAUGUCGCAAAAGACAUAACAAAAGAAAACAUAGGUGACACUGAAGACUGGUCAAAGCUAGGCUCCAAACAUGUCUGGAUAGAGUUCCAUUUUCCAAAAACAAACGGUGAACAAUUUCAUUUUAAACCUGAGCGGCCAGUAUACGACGAGAAACUUGAUUUCGCAAUUUUGGAAUUGGACUCUGGAGAAUCUGAAAUCCCUCAACCAAUAAGAAAAUUUGGUAAACCAGACUACAAGCAAGUAUUUGCAUUGCUUGGCCACCCAACAAAACCGAAUAGUGAAAUAAUGCAAUUCGAUUCUAAUAUUGAACUUUUUGAUCUGGAUGCUGAUAAGAACAGCAAUCGACGUGGUUAUAUGAUCGCAAAUGACGAAGUAAAGCCUGGGUAUGAGGGAAUCUGGGAUAAAGGGAAAGUUCUGUUCGAUUGUUGGGUCCAGCAUGCAGCGUCUGGGUCACCCGGAAUCGUUAUGGGAAACAAUGACGAAGAACCGAUUUGCACUUUGAUGUUGGCGAGAGGAUUCCCGGUACAGGCAUUCUCAGAGGGUGUCAAUACCCAACACGAAGAAAUGAUUGAGCAAGGUGUAACAAUGGAGGAGAUUGCUAACAAAAUCAACAGUCUGGGAAAUAGCGCCAAACGUCUGAAGAUAGACAUAUUUGGUGAAAAUUUUCCGUAACACUGAAUAAAGAAUGUGGACUUUCUAGUGCCUUUUUCAUUGGGUGUCACGUGACCACAAUUUGUGACACCCAAAUCAGAUCAAAGGUGCACUACGCCAGUAAUCAUGAGUUGAGGAAGUUUUCGAUAACUGUGAUUUUUGUAUUUUUCUUUGAAUCAAUACGCUAUCGUAAUUUCCCUAACAACUGAAACUGCAAAAAGCAUAGUACAGUAAAAAGUUACAUAGGAAACAUAAUCUUUUAGAAAUCGUAACAUUUAUUUUUGAUAAAUUCCUUUUUUAAAUCCCGUUUACAAUGAAAAAAUGUAGAUUUUUUGUAUGGGUCCAUAUUUACAUUUGUAAAUUUGGACAAAGCAUAGUUUGGACUUUAAGUAGAAUCGGGAUACAAAAUUGUAGCUGUACGAGCGAGUUUGAUGUUCUAGUGGCAGCUAUAUAUGUUGUAUCGAUGUCAUUACGUUUGAUUUGUAAAUAAAGUUCAUCUAUAUAUUUUA